AUGGUAUUUAAAACUUUUCUCCUUUUCUUGAUCUUCUAUCCUGCAUUGACGGAAACGGUGAGAUUUGCCAAUCGACAUGCUCGUCGCCAUAUGUCUUCAUUACCCAUCAAACUAGACUUUACUGCAAAUGUUGUCUACAACAAACUUUAUCAACGUUCGUUGAACAUUAACAAUACAAGCGUUGUUAGUAUUGAACCAGCGAAUAAAGUUUGGUUCGCAAUUGAGAAUGGAACUCUCUAUGCACUACCAUUGUUUGGCGAUGCAUCGGGCCCAUUUCAAGUUCAACUAGAAAAUCCGAAUCCUAUCAGAAUCAAAUUGAAGUUUGAUUUUGCACCAUCGUCGUCCUUAUUCGCCCCGUCGGAUCAUCUUCUUCUUGCAUUAUUCAAUCUCUCUUCGACAAAUUACAAUUCUUCACUAUUGAAUCGUUACUUCAUCGUUCGAACAUUAUCUUUAGCUCUAAAUCUCAGUGAAUCACUAAUCACCAUACACAAAAUCAAUGGUUCUAUGAUAAAAGUAUACUUUUCAUGUGAUCUAUAUUCAACCAAGGAUCUUGCAUAUCAAAUUAAAACCUUCAUUAAUCACUAUUAUUCGAAACGUUUACAAAUACUUUCAUCUUUUCCUCUUCCAUUAAUCGAAGUCUCUAUUGUUCGUCUAUCACACUCAACUUCCACCCCAACAACACCUUCGAUGUUCGAAUUAAAGAAAGCAGUGAUGACUAUUCGGCCACGGUUGCUCACAAAUCGUACAUUAUCUCCUCCAAUCAAUAAUUUAAUCUUCCUUGAUCAAUUAUAUCAACCACUUGUGAUCGUUCCUCUAGCAAUUAUUUUAGUUGGUUUAUUCAUAUGUACAAUAAUUGCAUUUUGCCUCUGUUGUAAUCGACGAUCAUCAUCUUCGUCGACAUUGUUAUUACCAAGUGGACCGUCAGGUAGUCCAAAUAAUAAAUACCUAUACGAGAGUUACUCUUAUCGGAAACAUCGACAACAGCAAGAAAUUUACAGAAAGAAACAUUCGUUGAAAGAUCAAAAGCAAUAUAUUUCGAAAGGCAUUCCUGUGGUAUUUGCAGAAGAACUCGAAGAAAAACUAGAACAGACACAUACACCGUUAGUGAUGCGGAUUGAAAAAGCGUCCUUUGCCAAUGAACAAGAAGCAAAGAAAUUCGAGAAGAUUACAUUAUAA